CAGAUCGAUCUGGCGCUAAGCGCAAAGCAAGUAAGCAUAAAGUUGGCGGCGGGCGGCGACGCUGUUUGGCGAUGGGGCGUGUGUGCGUGCGUGUACGUGAGGGGACCCAGAUCGAUCUGGCGGUGCGUGGCGCGCCCGAGCUCGACGCGCCCGAAAUUCCGAGUUGCCGUGCGUUUCUCCAUGCAUGCAUGCAUACAUACAUACAUAUCUCCGUCUGACCUGUCCUGCGCGGGCUGCGAGCGUCCGACGCACGCGUUCUCCUUCUUUUUCCGCUCGCGUUCUGGCGUUCUGGCGUACCGUUAUUCUAGCAAGAGGAGGAGGAGACGAUGACUGUCGCGUCACGGAUGCGCUUCGGUGUCGUCGUGAUUGAUGGCCGUCGCGCGGGCGUUCGCUGUCCGGCGUGCGUCGGCCAUUGAUCCUGUCACCGUCCGAUGGCCUCCUAGUUCAAAGGCCCAUGCCCCCGAUCGCGCCAUCGCUCGCGCGACGCGACCUGGCAGCGCCGCGCUUUCGAAGGGCC